ACUUUUUUAAGAUUUGCCGACGAGACGCUGAGAGGAGUUGCAACCUUUCAAGUAUCUAGAAGAAAGUAUUCCAUCUAUCUUGCUGUGUCUAUGUACCUCUCCUCCAGCCUGCAGAGUAGCCCUUCUGGCAUCUUCUCACCAAACGCACCUAAGAGAGUCAGAGGCAGACCUCAGCGGGACCAGCAGCAGCUUUUUCUUAGCUCCACGCCAGGCCCUCACCCCAGAUCCUCCACAGGAACAGACAACCCCUUCUCUGCCUCCCUGUCUCACCUGGGACCGGGCUCCAAGACAGAGGGCCCCCAGAACGCCUCACCCAUCACACCCUGGAAGCUGUUGGAACUAAGCCCUCUGGAGAAGACACACUUAGCUUUACCCGGUAGUAAACCUCGGGGUAGACCCAAAGUUAGGCCAAGGAAGAACUCGGCUACAGUGAAGGGAGUGAAAACUCAGGGUGGUAAGAAGAAGGUGAAGGCUGCAGCAGAGGGAGGGUCCCAGACCUUCAGCUCUGAGGGAGGCCCCCCAGCCAAACUCAGACGUAGAAGCAGGAAGGGCCAGACAGCAGAGGGAGCUGGCCUGCAGAGCGGCGACACUACCAGCACUGAGCCACUCCAACGCUCCAGACCAAGGUUUGAGCUGCAGGAGUCAGACUCACCAGACAAAGACACAGGAGAUGCCUCCCUGUCCUCAGACCUCUCCAUCGAGCUAAGCGUACAGGAAGACCGUGUAACAUCACUGACUCUUGAAGAGGAGGAUGAGCAAGACGAUGAGGAAGAUCUGCCCAGUUUCUUAAAUAACACAAAGCCACUGUCCAUAACAGAAGGAAUAUGUGUUUGGUGCAAAUUUAGAAACUAUCCUUUCUGGCCGGCAAUGGUGAAGAGUGUGAACCGUAAGCUGAAGAAAGCCAGCAUUGUGUUUAUUGACGACCUGCUGUUUGACAAAAAGAGGAUACAAAAAGGCUUUUCUGUGUCCCUAAAAACAUUGAAGCCUUUUGACUGUGAAGAGUCUGAUCAGCUAGUGUGUAAAGCCAGAGAGAAGUAUGAUGCUGCCAUCAAAUGGUGUCUGGCGUUGAUAGCCGACUAUAGAAUCCGUAUCGGAUGCGGCUUCACCGGUUCCUUCAUUGAAUACUUUUCUGAUGACAUAAGCUGCCCAGUGAGAAAAUGCUACCCCCGGGGCACCUCAGACCUGACCUUCCCCAGUAAGCUAAUUCUAGAGGAGCAGUUCGUAACCUCUGACCCGGAAGGGGACGAUCAGGAGGGCAGCAAACGGCAGGAGGAGGAGAGGAGGCGGAAGCUGCUGCCUGACCGUUCCAAGGCUGCACGUAACCGUGCCAACGAGAAACUGGUGGACUUUGUCGUCAGGCAGCGCCGGGUGGAGACACGCCUUCUAGGCGUAAUCAGUGGUCAGCAGCAGUCUAAGUGGCUGCGUUGGUUCCUGGCGGCCAGUCGGUCAGUUGUGGACACGUACCUGGAGGACGAGGAGCAGCUGGACCAGGUGUACCAGUACCUGAGAGGGGUGUACGAGACCGCCCCCCUCACCGCACCCUGUCUGGCUGAUGUAGACCGCAUCCGCUUGGUACUGGACGUGCUGUUACCAGAGGCUAUUAUCUAUGCCAUAGCUGGAGUGGACGAGUUGUCACUGGUGAAGGCAGAAGACAAAUACCUGAAAGGGCCCCGUCUGAGUAAAAGGGAAAGAGAGGAGUUUGAUGCGAUGAUCGAGCAACAGAUGAAGAUGAAAGCAUCAAUCCGUCAGCGUCCUGCACACUGAACAUAACACAGCCUAAUUGGCUUCCAACCCUCAGACUAAGAGUGCCAUAGGGCUCUGGUCAAAAGUAGUUUGAAUAGUGCCAUUUGGGAUGCAGCCUCAGAAUGCCAGUGUCCUAAUCAAACGAUGCUUCUAAGCAUUAUAGGACAAUAAAUAAGUAAGUAGCCUUUUCCAAGCAAGAACAGCCAGUAAGGUAGAAGCCUCUUUCUGUACCGUGAAGCAGCUUGAUAUACAAGCACACCCUCUGGCCAGGACACUGGUCUAUCGCAGACAAUAAGAACCAUAUAUAACUGUCUCUAAAUGUGGCUCUGAGGACAAUCAACUGCUGUUGUACAUGCUAGCAGUGGUGUGACUUAACAAAACUACAUUGAAUUACCAAGUUAAUCAAAUCAUUGUCAAAUCAUCUGUGAUCGACUGGUCAAGAUUUACAGCUUCAACACGGAACUCCUGGGAGGGUGGGACCUCGUGCCAUUCAGACAGAUUUACGCCGCUGUUUGAAACUGGGACUUCAUUUUAGACCCACUGCAACAGUAUUUGAUCCAACAUGGUUGCCCGUUUAGGCUGUUCAACUGUAAAUACAGGACAUUAAAGAAGACACUGCUCUAUUUUUCUAUGGAAAAGUCUGCUCUUUUUAAAAAUAAAUAGUCAUAUUUGAA